GCGGGCAGAGGUGCGGCGCGCGGCCACCGAGCGCGCCCACGCGGUCCCCGGCAGAGCCGCGGCGUCCCACCGUGCGGCCCUCUCCCUUCUCCCGGACCCCGCAUCCCGCCGGCCCCAGGAUGGGCGCGCGCGCUUCGGGCGGACCCCGGGCCCGGACUGGGUUCCUGCUGCUGCUCCUGCUGCUGCUCGGGCUGCUGGCCCCGGGCGCGCGGGGGGCGCGGGGCCGUGGUGGCACCGAGAAGAACAGCUACCGCCGCACGGUCAACACCUUCUCGCAGAGCGUCAGCAGCCUGUUCGGCGAGGACAACGUGCGCGCCGCUCAGAAGUUCCUGACGAGGCUGACCGAGAGGUUCGUGCUGGGUGUGGAUAUGUUUGUGGAAACCGUGUGGAAAGUUUGGGCGGAGCUCUUGGAUGUCCUUGGACUUGACGUCUCGAACCUGUCCCAGUACUUCAACCCAAGCUCGGUGGCCAACAGCCCCGCUCGCUCCAUCCUGCUGGUGGGCGUCGUCCUCCUGGCCUACUGGGUCCUGUCUCUGACCUUGGGCUUCACCUUCAGCAUCCUGCACGUGGUGUUCGGCCGCUUCUUCUGGGUGGCGCGGGUCAUCCUGUUCUCCAUGUCCUGCGUGUACAUCCUGCACAAGUACGAGGGCGAGCCGGAGAACGCCGUGCUGCCCCUGUGCUUCGUGGUGGCCAUCUACUUCAUGACCGGGCCCAUGGGCUUCUACUGGCGCAGCAGCCCCAGCGGCCCCAGCGUGGAGGAGAAACUGGAACAGCUGGAGAAUCAGGUGAGACUGCUCAACAUCCGUCUCAACCGAGUGCUCGAGAGUCUAGACCGCUCCAACGGCAAGUGACAACCAGCCAACCGGCCGGGUCCCCUCCCACCAGCGCCCUCUCUCCGGAAACAAAAAAGAAGAAGAAAAAAAAGAACGCCAAACCCCAGACCAUCUUAAAUAAACAUGCCUGAGCAAGAGAGUGGCGCUUUGCGAGGGUGUUUCUGGCCACGUGUCAACUCUUAGGACAUCUUCCGGGAGGAAGGACAAGGUCGUUGAUGUAGAACUACCCACCAAGUGUCAUUAGUGGAAAAAAAAAUAUUUUUUAAACAAAGGAUAUAACCAUAUUAGCUGUACAGUAAGAGAAGUUUAUCUGUGCAUAGGGCAUAAAGUUAAUUUUUUCAAGCAUUUACAUACAUCUUUUGUAAGGUUUUUAAUAAAGGCAGCUCGAGUCAAGUUUCUGAAAACUUUACGUGGAGGGGAAGGAAUUGCUCAUUUGACCUUUUGGAAAAGUUUCAAGGCAAGCGUUUGUUUUUGCAGCAUAGGGAUUGGUGGGUGAGGUCUCUGUGUGUUCUUUUCAUGUUCCAAAGCUGUGACCUUCGUUUCAUGUUGUUUUGAGUUGAUGUUGAUUUAUUUAAUGACUACCCGUUGCUUCUGAAUGUGGACUGUUGGGUUUCAAGGACGAAACUAAACGUCUUCUGGGUCCUUCGAUCCUAUUUCUAAAUGAAGAAAUCAUUAUUUGUAGAAAACCUAAGAUUUCUUUCCCCCCUUCUGUACUUUGAUGUAUUUUAACCUCAACAUUUUGUAAAGGAAAAUUCAAGAACCAGGCAAAGAAAUGUCUUUGGGGUUUGAUGCCAAGAGCUGCCUGGGUAAGCUCAUUCAGGAACCUAUCUGACAUCUGAAUUUCGGCACUGGCCAGCUAGGUCGAUAUAGGAAAGAUAUACUCUCCAGGGUUUUUUUGUUUAUUUGUUUCGUUUUGGUUUUGGUUGACUCAGGACCUUAGAAGGAAAAUCAACCAUUGCAGCUAAUAACAUUUUCAAGUCUGUUGCUGCUUAUAACGUGUCCUCAGGAAUAAUAAGCGGGCAUAAGCCAGACUUGGAAAAGAUCUGAAUGAUUUUUCCUGAAAUUUUUACAAUACGUGCGUUAGGUGCUUUUUUCUGGAGUCUGUGGCGGCCUCAUUGUAGGUGGGCUCUAGGGGUGGAGAGAGGUAUGUGCAGGACAGACAGCUCCACAGCUGUCUGGGUCCUGGACAGAGGCGGCUUGGCAUGGCUCGGGUCAGGGGCUAGUGGAGACGCCCCUUUCUCGGUACCAACAAGCAGAGAAGGGCAAGGAAAGGAUGCCCCAGAUUUUGCUGCCAGGGGCCAUGGCUGCCGUCCCCCGCCCACCUGCGUCGUGCCCUGGCAGCCCCCUCUCAAGGGCUCCCGUACACAGGUUUGCAGAGACCCCUGUCGGAUCAGGUAGAACCAAGACCUCUUGGUCCAGGUAUCCGUUUUGGAGAAAACUCAGCUGCCUGCCACCUCCUCCUGUGCUACGUUUCUGUGACGUUUUAUCUGGGGUUGCAAGUCCCUGGAAAAUGCAAGCGAACGUCUAUUUUUAAGGUUUUACAGUAACGGGACCCAGACUCUCCUGCCUUCCGUUCACUUCCUGGAACACAUACACGUUCUCUAGAAUUUGCUUGAGCAAAUCUUUCUCCAGGGGCAUUUGAACCCCAUGGCUUCUACAUCGAAACCAUUCCAGUUUUGUCAUUUAGAUACUUAUAGACAAAUCUAUUUUAGCACAAGGUAUGAAGAACUCCAAGGGGGUCAUCUUUGCCUUCCUUCCUCUUGUGCGUCUGGCUCCUGUGUAUUUGGCAUGUUUAGGUAUUUGCUUUGCUCCUGUUAGCCGGGGGGAAAUUGACAUUCUCUGCACAAAGCUUUUUUUUUUUUUUUUUAAUUACUGGUCUGGGGAGAGAGAACAUCCACUCUGUUCUCUCGCCCACCUUCACACAUGGAAACCUGCUGGGCACUGUGCUGUAUGGAGAUCCAGGCAGGAAAAGCAUUUUAACUUCUAGUAAAUCAAGGAAGGCUCACGUAUCUGGGCACUGGUAGACUGUGGCCACAGCAUCAACGGGAAAUUGCUGUCGAGAAAAUGCACCUUGUUUUCCAGAUUGGCUAAGUGUGGACUAUGAAGCCAGUCGUAGAGUACAGUACACUCAAAAGAAAGAUGUCUUUAUUUUUCACGAAAGUUAAAUAGUUAUUAGGUCUUUAGGAGUGUCACUUCAGGGUAGAACCGUCCUUGAAAUUCUGAUCGAAAUCUUAGCUGUUCGAUCUGAAUGACUCCUGCUUUUUGAUGUGUAAAUUUGACUUUUGCUUGGGCGUGUUCUUCACCGUGCAUAGUUUGGGUUUUCCGGUUUUUUCUUUUCCGUUCCCUGGAAGCUUGUAGGGUAUUUGACCUCCCCCACUGCCCCUCAUCUCUUCCUUUUUUCUCUCUUUUGUACAUGGAGAAAUGUAUUUUUGUACCAUACCUCACACCUUGAAGAGAAACCUUUUUUUAUAUCUUCAGGGCUAUAGAAUAUUUUAGUGUAACACGUCCUUCAAUGUGAUACGAAAACAUCCUGACAAAAACUCCUGUGGAUCUGUUAUAGCUGAGGCUCAGUUUUUUAGGUAUCUUCAAGUCCAUCAGUGUUAAUUUCCCAAUGCUUCAGUAUCACAGUGAAUACCAAGAACAGAAAAGAGUCCAGAAAAGAAAAAAGGGCCAGCUGUCUCUGGAUUGCUGGAUUUCUGAGAAUGUUUGGGGAUCAAUGUUUGGAGCGAUCUCUUCCUUGACAUCCUAGCAAAGAUGCUUCUGUGGCACCAGCCUUCCAUAAGUAUAUUUUCCAAUACCAAUCAGCAUUACCUGCCUGCUGGGUUUUUUGCUUUGCUUGUUUUGGUUUUUUUACCCCAUAUCAUUUCUGGUAGCAAAGCGCAACAACAGAAUUUCCUGAAAGCUGGCCUUGUGAAUUGGGCCAGGGGGUCUUCACGUAUGAAGGUGACCGAGUGACAGCACGGAGAGAGGUUAGUGCCAUUGAAAGUAGCUUUUUAAUACCCACAGUUCCCCAAAGACGACACGUAUACCAUGUCACGCGGCAUCACAGGAAGCCUGUCACAUGCAGGGGGGAACUGGGUCUAUGUCCUUCCUGCUGUGGUGGGAAGUAGCUAGUUGCGGACAUUGCCUGUUGGAACGAAGGGUGAACGUGCAGGCAGGAUGGGCUCAGUGCUUGGGGGGGUGUUUAAUAGGACUUUUACAUGCCCACGAGGGCUGGCUUGCGGGGAGGAUGUAAACCACUUUGGUCCUUAGUCUGGCCCUGUGAUUCCGCAGCCUUCUAAACAGGUUAGGAAUAACAUGUCAGAUGUCCAGUGCAGAAUCUAAAACAUGACAAAGACACCGUGUCAACAGCGGGAAUCCUGCUUGAUGUCAUCUCUGUGCUUUUGGCCACCUCUUAAGAUGCUGUUGAGGAAUGACACCUGCCUGACACUGUGACACCUGAUCACUUCUUCCUGAUGGGUUCUGAAUUAGCUGAUUUCAGCAAAAAAAACAAAAAACAAAAAACCAGCUCUCGCCAUCCAGCUAGCUCACUUUAAAAGGAACUCCUGGGAGUUUCCUGGCAGUCCAGCGGUUAGGACUUGUCGCUUUCACUGCUGCGGGCCCUGGGUUCAGUCCCUGGUUGAGGAACUAAGAUCCCACAAGCCAUGCCACGCAGCCAAAAAUAAUAAGAUAAAAUAAUAAAAGGAAUUCCUAAGGCCCUAAGGUGUCAACUCCCUCCCCCAACUUUUUGAAAUAAUAUAUCACCAUUCUACAGAAGUUUUGUUUAUGGCCAUUUGAGUAGUUGAAACUUUGCUCCCCAGUGGUGACUCAUUGACGUAUAUAUUUUCACAGGAUCUGACAUAGUGCCCUUAAAAUUGGUGUUGGACAAACAUCCACAUGAUGUACCGUGUCUGGGAGAAACCAGCCCUGUCCAGCAUACUGAAUUCCAUGCUCUGCUAGCAUGCCAUUGAUGCCUCGAUACGUAGGAGACACACCGGGACCAGUUUUUCCCUGGUGGUGGCAUGAAAAGCUGAUUGUCCUUUGCACCGUCUACUGAAAACCUCUGGCAGCUAGUGGUGUUGUCAACCAUACGCCCUAAUGUCUUUUUGCAGAUUUAAAGGUUUUGUUGUAGUGUCAGUUGAACAUGCGCAUGGGUGUUAAAUCUUUGAAAACUGUGAUUAAAUUGAUUUCUUGUGAUGGUGGUGGUGAUUAGCAGUCACUUAAAAAUCCAGCGAAGCGCUUAUUUCCCUCUUCUUAACUGGACAUCAUAUUCGUGAGGUGUGGUACCCAUCAUCCACAGUGUAUUCAUGAGUCAGAUGCGUACUUUGUGUGUCUGGUUAUCAGUUCUACAUAGCGUUUAAUUUGAUACUGUGAAGCCAUUUGAUUUUAAUAUAGUGGUGUGUGCGUGUGCAUAUGUGGUGUGUGCACACGUUAGUUUCACGAGCCUUGGGAAACUGAUUCUACAAAUAUAAAUAGACAUAAAUGUAUAAGGCUUAUUUUUUUGGCAAAGCGAGCCGUACAUUCCUCUUAUUUAUUAAAUCACUGGCUUCUGUGUUGUGUAGAGAUAUUUGUAGACCAAUUUCAGAACAGAAUUAAAAUAUUGUGAAAAUUACAGCUUAAUAAA